AUGAAUCUCCUGUUCAAGGGCCUGUCUCUGAAGGGCCUGAGCCCGUUCAAGAAGAGACUGAAAGAGGCCGAGUCCUUCAUCGAAGAGCCUGAGCCCGUUCCAGCAGAGACUGAGUGUUUCUCUGAGCCUGCCCCCGAGCCUGCCACAGAAGAGGCCGAGUCCUUCAUCGAAGAGCCUGAGCCCGUUCCAGCAGAGACUGAGUGUUUCUCCGAGCCUGCCCCCGAGCCUGCCACAGAAGAGGCCGAGUCCUUCAUCAGAGAGCCUGGGCCUAUUCCAGAAGAGACUUGUGCUGAAGGAAAUGACGAACAGAGGACUAUUCCCCAAGUGGCCGCGCGCUUCUUUGUUACCGGGGGUUACGUCUGA